UCUACUGUAAAGGAAGAGGUUCCUUGCUCUCAGCCACCACCUGAUGACGAUGAUACUGCAGCCACUACCCCAUCCCCAACACCCCAAGCAGAGGAAGCCAAUUCAAUCAAGAAACUCUCAAUUGACCUGCCUAAUGAUAGUGUCCCUGUGCCAGCCAUGGGGAGAAAAGACUCAGUGUGGUCUCUGGGAGAAGGCCAAGGCCCAGAGGACCUGGACAAACCCAUUGACACCCCACCACUGUCCACCCUGCUGAUAGAGAGACCCCAAAGUGCCACUAUCCCUGUGGGUGGAGACAUUACCUUUGUCGCCAAGGUGGAGGCCAAAGAUCUCCUUCGCAAACCCACUAUCAAGUGGUUUAAAGGUAAAUGGAUGGAUCUGGCCAGCAAGACAGGAAAGCACUUACAGCUGAAAGAGACCUUUGAUCGAUUCACCAAGAUCCACACAUUUGAGAUGCACAUCAUCAAGGCCAAAGAUAACUAUUCUGGAAACUACAGGUGUGAAGUCAACUACAAGGACAAGUUUGACAGUUGUUCCUUUGACUUGGAAGUUAAAGAAGCUGAACAGGGCUCACAGAAUAUUGAUAUUCGAUCAGCUUUCAAAAGAAGCAGUGAAGGACAAGAAGAUGCAGGGGAGCUUGACUUUAGUGGUCUUCUUAAACAUAGGGAGCCAAAACAGCAGGAUGAAACCCCAGAGGUCGAUGUGUGGGAGAUCCUGAAGAAUGCUCGACCAGAUCAGUACGAGAAGAUUGCCUUUAUGUAUGGCAUCACAGAUCUGAGGGGUCUGCUGCGGAGGAUGAAGAAGAUCCCAAAAGAGGAGAAGAAAAGCGAAGCUUUCGCGAAGAAACUGGAACCUGCAUAUCAGGUGGAUAAAGGUGGAAAGAUCCGCUUGGUGGUUGACCUGGCCGACCCCACGGUUGAGCUGAAGUGGUACAAGAACGGACAGGAAAUUAGACCCACUCCCAAGUAUAUUUUUGAGCAUAAAGGCACACAAAGGAUUAUGGUCAUCAACAACUGCAGUGUAAAUGAUGACGCAGCUUAUUCUGUAGCUGCUGGAGACGAGAAAUGCACAACAGAGCUGUUUGUCAAAGAGUUGCCAAUUAAGAUAAUUAAAGGUAUUGAGCCUGUGAAGACCACAGUUAAUGAGAGGAUUGAGCUGGAGUGUGAGGUGUCAGAGGAAGGAGCUCAAGUCAAAUGGAUGAAGAACGGUGUUGAGGUUCCAACAGGGGUGCGCUCUAGAUACCGAGUUAAGUGUGAGGGAACCAAACACUUCUUGGUGAUUGAUGACGCCUCUAGGGAGGACACUGGCACAUACUCCGUCAUGGCCUCCGGUGGCACAUCUGAGGCUCAUGUACAGGUUGACUUGAAACCAUUGAAGGUGUACCAGGACCUGCAGGACAUGACGGUGAUGCUGGGUCAACCCAUCAAGCUGCACUGUGAGAUUUACCCAGGCAACGUCCCAGGUCGUUGGUACAGGAAUGGACAGCUGAUCCAGCCUAAUGACCGCGUCGACAUUAUACACAGAAAUAAGGUCCACCGUCUUGAAAUUGCGACCAGCUCCCUUCAUGAUGCGGGAGAUUACACAUUUGUACCUGAGGGAUAUUCACAGAGCCUCUCUGCCAAACUUCACAUCAUUGACCCACCGAGGGUGCACCUGGACAGCUUGAACUUCCCAGACAACACGGUGACAAUUGUGGCAGGAACCAAACUUCGCUUGGAGAUCCCCAUCAGUGGAGAACCAGCACCCAGGGUGGUGUGGAUGAAGGGAGAAAGGGUGAUUCUUGAGUCCGGCCAUCGUGUCCGAGCUGAAACAUACGGCGACCAGACCAGCCUGACAAUUGAAGUCACAGAGCGAGAGGACACAGGCAACUACAAGAUAGUCCUGCAGAAUGAGGCGGGUGAAGACACAGCCAGUGUCAAAAUCAAGGUUGUGGACAUCCCUGAUCCUCCAGAGGCUCCCUUGGUCCCAGUGGUUGGUGGUGAUUGGUGCUCUAUGACAUGGGAACCGCCAAAAUAUGAUGGAAGUUCACCAAUAUUAGGCUACUUCAUUGAGAGAAAAAAGAAACAGAGCUCCAGAUGGAUGAGACUGAACUUUGACCUGAUCAAAGAAACAUCAUUCGAACCCAAGAAGAUGAUUGAAGGAGUGCCAUAUGAAGUGCGUGUCUUUGCAGUCAACGCCAUUGGUGUGUCCAAGCCCAGUGAACCAUCCAAAGCCUUUGUUCCCCUCGCUGUGACCAGUGAGCCCACCAUGCUGGUUGUGGACGAUGUCACAGACAACACAGUGACCGUAAAGUGGCGUCCUCCUGAAACCAUCGGAGCUGCCGGUCUGGAUGGAUACUUAGUGGAGUACAGCAUAGAAGGAACUAAUGAUUGGGUAGUGUCCAACAAGGAGCUGACAGAGAAGACCAAGUAUACCAUCACUGGGCUGACUCCAGGGUCUAAAAUCUUAGUUCGAGUCAGAGCCAUCAACGCCGCUGGAGCCAGCGCUCCCCGGAAUAUUCAGCACUCUAUCCUGGUCAAAGAGGUUAUUGAACCACCCAAGAUCCGCGUCCCCAGACACUUGAAGCAGACAUACACUCGCAGAGUUGGUGAAGCAGUCAACCUUGUAGUGCCAUUUAUGGGCAAACCCAGGCCGAAGGUCACUUGGCUGAAGGAGGGCAAGCCCAUAGAGCCUACACAUGUCAGCAUCCGCAACACAGACUGUGACAGCAUCAUCUUCAUCCGUAAAGCAGAACGCAGCCACUCUGGAAAGUAUGAAAUGACUGUGCAGGUUGAAAACCAUGUGGACACAGCCAUUAUUGACAUACAAAUCGUAGACCUACCUGGGCCUCCUCAGUGUGUGACAAUUGAAGAUGUUUGGGGAGGAAAUGUGGCUCUGGUCUGGACUCUUCCAAAAGACAAUGGCAACGCCCCAAUAACAGGCUACACCAUUCAAAAAGCAGACAAGAAGACAAUGGAGUGGUACACGUGCAUUGAGCACUACCAUCGCACCUGCAUCACCAUCACAGAGCUGGUGGUUGGGAAUGAGUACUUCUUCAGGGUCUUUGCAGAGAACAUGUGUGGCCUAAGCGAAACCGCCACCCAAACCAAAAAAAGCGCCCUCAUCGUCAAAGAAGGCUUACAGAUAAAAACGCAGGAUUACAAUGACCACGACUUCAAGGAGGCGCCAAAGUUUACGCAGCCGUUGAUCAACACUUUUGCCAUCGCUGGCUACAACGCGACUCUCAACUGUAGCGUCCGUGCCAACCCAAGGCCAAAAGUGAUCUGGAUGAAGAAUAAGAUAGCCAUCAUCGACGACCCACGCUACCGCAUGUUUAGCAACCAGGGAGUAUGUACUCUGGAGAUCAGAAAGCCCAGCCCCUAUGACGGCGGCAUGUACACCUGCAAGGCCAUCAAUGACCUGGGAGAGGCCCAAGUGGACUGUAAGCUGGAGGUCAAAGGAGGCUUCACCUUCUUCGAACUCAUGCAACGCGGAGUGCCCCUACACCUGAUUGACAAGUACAUGAACGAGACAAAGAUUGUCGAGCAAGAGAAGUAAAAUCGGACAGAGUGCCAUCAGACUCUUUAGCAGACAUGUGCCACCAUUAGUGAUCCUCUUCUCUCACCUAUUGAGGUCAGCGGCCUGAGGGCAGAUGGAGGGAUGGAAAGACAGGGGGACAGGUGUGGGGGAGGGUGGUCUGAUCUGUGGUGUGGCUUGCUGUGUGCAGGUUUGGAGCUAGUUACCAUAGGAAAAAAAGCCAGUUCACUUCUUUGUCACCCUCUUGUGUUUAAAAGACUGUGUCAGCUCAGAUGCAUGUCGGCAGUGUUUUGGUUCUAGCUUUGAUAAGUACAUGUAGUGCGUAAAAAAAAAUAUACAUACAUAUACAAUAUAUAGCACAGUGACACACCUACAGUAUUUACAUGUUGAUUCUUGUUGGGAGUGCCUUUUGAAGGUGAUAAUUUAAUAGGUCUGACAGAAGGGAAAAGGGGAUGUAUAAACAAAGGUGUGGUGUGUCAAAACUUCUAUAUGGCAAGACAAUUGGAAAAAAUGGCCAGGCUAAUGUUGGAUAAAUGAAUGUGUAGACCCUUCACAUUUAAUAUUUGUUCAUUUCACUUUUUUCUGUGUAGGUUAUUUAUGUGACGAACU